AUGGUCGUUAUCUUCUUCUUCCGCAUUGCAGUACUCGUGCUCGACACGCGCUACGUCGUUAUCAACGACCCCUCACCAGACCACCUGGCCCUGCAUACAGCCCUCACUACCAGGCUUCACAAUACGAGCAGGUUCGCGAACUCCUCCGAAUACCGUAAGGAUGUGGACAGAGUCCUCAGGGAUGAAUUGGGCGUUAUGUACGUCGGGCUCCCUCGAUUCCACGAGACAUUUUUCGGGCGGGUGGCAGAUCUCACGACAGCAUCCGAGGCUGUCUUCAAGAAGUGCAUGGAGGGCGGCGAACCACUCUUCAGUAAUGGGUGGAGCGGAUGGCCAAAAGAUGCAAACCAGGACGAUGUAUUGAGCUGGUUUGCAGAGCUGAGCGAGAAGCUGGCGACGCUUGCAGAAGAUUACAAGUCUAUCCCGACACAUCGACGAAGGCCACUAGCACAGCCCAACAAGCCAAUCCAGGGCUCCACCGCGGAACGCAAGUUGGACGCCGGGAAGGACUCACGAUGCCACUGGUCACAAAUCCUGGUACCAGGCGAGCUAAAAAGCAACCCAGCCGCCGACACGGCGGCGAAGGCGUGGCUAGACCUUGGCACGUACGCGAGGGAAGUCCUCGCCGCUCAAGACAUUCGUCGCUUUGUUUUGGGCUUCACCAUCUGCGGAUCUUUCAUGAGGAUAUGGGAGUUUGAUCGGCUUGGGGGCCUCGCAUCCGAGCGGUUCGACAUCAACGAAGAUGGGCUGCGGUUUGUGUCUACGGUCCUCGGGUUUCUCUGGAUGAAUGAAGAGGAGCUCGGCUUCGAUCCAACAUUUACAGCGGCCAACGGCCAGCGGUUCAUCGAGAUCGAGCGGAACGGCUCGAAGGAACGCCUCAUCAUUGACGAGGUGAUGCAACGUGCACGUUGCGUUGCCGGUCGGGCUACGACAUGCUGGAAAGCUCAUCGCGAAGGGCAGCCACAGAUACCGCUCGUCAUCAAAGAUUCAUGGCAGUAUCCGGAACGCGGUGAGGAAGGCGCAUUAUUGCGCGAGGUGACCAGCAAAGGCGUCAUCAACAUCGCCAGACACUAUUACCACGAAACGGUUCAGAUAUAUGGAACGGAUGACGACGUCCGAAACGUCCGAGGAGGACUAGACGUCACCAGUGCCACGAACUACCGGCCGGAACGGUCAGCCCCCCCGUCGAGUACGAUGGCCUCAGUUUCGCGAAAAGGCCGCAGCAGCAGUGUAGCUGCUGGCAAGAAACGAUCGUCCAGUCAAGCCGGCGCCCCUCUGCCACACAGCAAGCGGUCUUGCUCGACAUCUCAAGCCAGCGGCAAUCUGUCAAAUCGGGUGCAUCGUCGUGUCAUUCUUCGCGACUAUGGAACUCCUAUCUACAAGGCCAGCUCCCGAACGUCUCUGCUUGCCGCGCUUGACGGCUGCAUUGAAGGGCAUGAAUCCCUACGCAAGGCCGGCAUCCUGCACAGAGACAUCUCUAUCAAUAACCUCUUGAUCAACGAGGACGUCAAUAAUCCCUCCUGGCCUUCCCUUUUGAUUGACCUGGAUCUCGCCAUCAAAGAGCAACGAGAGGGCGUGUCGGGAGCCAAGGGAAGACUGGCACGAGGGCAUUCAUGGCAAUCGGGGCGCUUCUAG